UUUAGAACCGUUGGAUCUUACUGUGACGUUUUCCGAUCAAACCCUAAGCUCCACCGCCUUCGCCAUCCAUCUCCAAUUUGAACCCCCCCUAUCGUCUCUCUUCUUAAAAUUCUUCACGCAAUCGCCGCCGGAAUAUUCUACUUUCUCUCUCACAAUGGAGCAAGAUUCGGGUAUGUUCACAGUGCAGUCGACCAUCGGCAGUGUCUUGUGCUGCAAAUGCGGUAUCCUAAUGCAACCAAACGCAGCAAACAUGUGCGCCAAAUGCCUCCGUUCUGAAAUCGACAUAACCGAAGGCCUUCAAAAGAGCGUCACCAUAAUCCACUGCCCCGAAUGCGACACCUAUUUGCAGCCACCAAGAACUUGGAUCAAAGCCAAUCUUGAAUCCAAAGAGCUCCUUACUUUCUGUGUCAAAAAGCUCAAGAACUUAAACACUGUCCGAUUGGUCCACGCAGAGUUCAUCUGGACCGAACCCCACUCCAAGAGAAUCAAAGUGAAGCUCAAGGUCCAAAAGGAGGUUCUCAAUGGUGCGGUGCUCGAGCAGGCUUUCACGGUCGAAUACACAGUGCUAGAUCAAAUGUGCGAUUCUUGUUCGAGGGUCCAAGCCAAUCCCGACCAAUGGGUAGCUGCUGUGCAGCUAAGGCAGCACGUUUCUCACAGGCGAACCUUUUUCUACCUCGAGCAGCUAAUUCUCAAACAUGAUGCAGCCAAACAUGCUAUAAGAAUUCAGCAGAUGGAUCAGGGAAUCGAUUUCUUCUUUGGUAAGCGGAGCCACGCCCUCAAAUUCGUUGACUUUGUCGGUAAAGUAUCUCCCGUUAGGAGCCGUAACGAUAAGCAGCUUGUUUCUUUCGAUUCGAAGAGCAACGACUAUAACUACAAAUACACUUUCUCGGUCGAAAUAAGCCCCGUUUGUCGUGAGGACUUGAUUUGCCUCCCUCCUAAACUUGUUAAUAGUUUGGGAAAUCUUGGGCCAAUCGUAUUAUGCACUAAAGUGACCAACAGCAUAGCUUUGUUGGACCCUUUUACCCUCCGCCACUGCUUUUUAGACGCGGAUCAAUAUUGGAGAACCUCAUUCAAGGCCUUGUUAUCAAGCAGGCAGCUUGUGGAGUACGUAGUCUUGGAUGUCGAGCCUGUUUCUUCGGAAGUAACUGUCGGUGGAUCGCGGUAUAUUCUCGCCGACGCCCAGGUGGCGCGCGUGUCUGAUUUCGGGAAAAACGACACGAUUUUCAACGUGAGGACGCAUUUGGGGCAUAUUUUAAACCCGGGAGACAACGCGCUCGGGUACGACUUGUACAGUGCCAACAGCAACGAUAUCGAGCUGGACAAGUACAAAGGGUUUUCUAUUCCGGAUGUGAUUUUGGUUAAGAAGAGCUAUGAAGAGAGGAGGCAGAAGAAACGUGGCAAGGCAAGAACGUGGAAGCUUAAGUCGCUUAACAUGGAGGUUGAUAGUACUGCGAGAGGGUAUAACGAGGAGAAGAUUAGUUCGGAGUAUGAGCAGUUCUUGCGGGAUUUGGAGGAGAAUCCGGAUAUGAGGUUUAACUUGUCCUUGUAUCGGAAUAAGGAAUAUCAGCCUUCGGAAAUGGCUUCCUCGGUUGCUGAUGGAGAUGAACUUCCUUCGAUACCGUUGGACGAGUUGCUUGCGGAUCUUGAUUUGAGUGACGUGGAAUCGAAUGAUGAUGAUAGCAUGGCAGAGUGAAUUUACUUGCUUCCCAAAUUUUUGAUGGAACUGUUCCAUCAAGUCUUUCAUUUUUAAGGGGUUUUUUUUUCUUUCUUUUCUGGCUACUGUUGAAUGUUGGCAAUUUGGAUUUGUAGGUUGGAGUGGCUUGAUUUUGUGUGGGUGUAUGCCACCACUUCUUUUGCAAGAUUAGAUGCCAUAUGUUUUUAUUAUGUUUUAAUGAUAUGUUAUUAUGUUUGACAAGUUGAAGAUACUGCUGCUAUACAUACAUAUCUUUACACCGUUUACAUUUUGAAUUUGAAGAUAU